AUGUCCGAGUCGUCCGAGUCGAUCGCCGACAUCAUCACGGACGAGUCGUUGCAGAAAGUGCUCGCCACGAGCACCGCAACGCUCGCCCAGUGCAUGGAACUGCUCGCCCUGCUCAACCCUGAGAACGCGCCCGAGAUCCCCGAGGAAUUGCACAAACUGGAGCUGGCCGUGUCGCGAGAGCGGAAGCGCCUGUUUACCCAGCUCGCCCUGCUCCGCGGCCAGAAUCGGAAUGCCAUCCUGAGUGUCCGGGAGAGCAAGCAGGCCACCGCGGAGGCACGCCAGGAGAUCGACCGUCUGCAUCUCGAGCUACAGAAUCUUUACUAUGAGCAGGAACAUCUGAAGAGCGAGAUCGCUGCCUGUGAGAACUACGAUCACCCAUACCGAAAGCUGCCCCUCAUUCCUGUCGAGGAGUUUCUGGAGCUUUUCCCCGAGCACCGCGAUUCCGAUGAACAUGAGUUGACGAUCGCCCGCAUCAACCAUGAACACGCCGAACGAGAGAAACUCGAGCAGCAACGCCAGGAAUUGCUCAAGCGCAAGCAAGCUCUGAUUGCGGAGAACAAGAAACGCAAGCAGGAUCUUGCUAGUCUUGACAACAAGCUGGAAGCUUUCCUCGAUGUAAGUCAGCGUUUCCACAUGAGCCAGUACAAAAAGCUGUUCGGUACUAAUCCAAUGCCCACCUCGCAACAGGCGGCCAAGCCCAUCGAGAAGAUCUUCGAGAAGGAGGGCCACUAA